CCCUCGUAUUUAGUUGUAUUCAACCUACUUUGGCGGGGGAACCAGUAGAUCUUGCAUGUGAUUUAUUUUGGUAGGAAUAAAAAAAUGUUUGCAACCACACAUCCAGCUAUUUCUUCAACUGUGCUGCUGUUUUUGGUGGGGUAUGUGUUGGCAGAAUGUCCACCAUACCAGGUGCCACACACUGUGGAUGCCAGGACCAUCUGUUGCCAACCAGUCUUCAACUGCCCUAUCGACCACGAGGUAACUUUCUGUUCGGAAGAUGGUGGAAUAGACACAUGCACUCCUUGUGUUGGUGGUGCUGUGAACAAAUUUAAUACGUCAUCACUUGAUGAAGAAGCUCGUGUCUGUUUUACCAAGACACAGUCACAUGAAGACUGCCCUAUACACGACACCAAACCAGUACCUAGAUCUAGGCCGGGAUCCGAGUGUGAUGGUAUGCCUUGCAAAUGUAAGACAGAAGAAUGCCGUUAUGGGAUUCCUUGCCGUGUUUGCGAUUUAAAGUACACACCUUGUGGUAUAAAUGAGGAACUUAAUGAAUCUGGAGACUGUGUACCAUGUAAACCAUUUAUGACCAGUCCAGCAGGAUGUGAACCUUGUCAGUACAAUGAAACACUGUGGAGGAAGCAUCAGGAAACUUUGGAGAAUACAAAUCAAGGAUUGGUAACUGGUGGAGAUAGUUCCUCAUAUAAAGUUACUAACAAAGUAGUGAACAAACCAUCUGUGACAAUGGAGAAGGAUGGGGCUAAAGAAGGUGAAGGUGGAUACAUUAUAGCUACUGAUGCAUCGUCUAAAAAUGGAACUGAUGCUGCAGAACAAGGACAGGGCAAAGACAAGGAUGAUAAGUCUUUCAUCAUAAUUGUGGUAGUUGUUAUUGCCGGCUUGCUAUUUUGUGGGUUAAGCGUUGCAUUCGCACUGUAUGUAAGGAGUGUUGAUGAUAAUUCAAGGCUGGCAAAUUUAAAAAAUAAAUUUUGCCGGAGAGGAAGGAACCGCUAUCAAACUGGCCAGCAAGAUCCAGAGAGACCAAAUGGUGAUGUUCGACAUGAAGAGGAGACCGAAUUUAAACAGCCUACUGCAGCUGUUCAACCUAUAGUGAGGGGAAGAGAUACUGCAGAGGUCACUGAAAAUGGGGCUUGUGGUGGACAGGACAAUGCCGGCGGGGCUGACAUGGCUCUAUUAAAAGAUCAGAACGAAGAAACGCGGGAAAAGGGGAAUUAAAUUAUAACAUCAAUAUGGGGAAUUUUCAUAGUGAUAAAUAUUACAGACAAAACUCUUUGGAACUUUUAAGCCAAUAAAGGCCUCAAAUGCUAUUUAUGAUGUUUAAUAUUUUGUGACUUGCUACAGUUUUCAAAAUGGUACACAUUUGUCAUACUGCUGAGUCUUUACAUUGUGGCAGUUAGUGAGAUAUAGUGGUUUAAAGCAGCAUGCCUCCAGAUUCAUGCCAAUUUUCAUGAAAAUUUUAAAAGUGUUUUUAAAAGUGAAAUAUUGUGAAGUGAUCCAAGAAAAUAAUUUACACAUUUUUCAUACAGCUCUUGCAUUCCACACAAAUUACCAAAAAGAGGUCAAAAUAAGCAAAAUUAGCCCAUUAUUGUGUUAUUAACGCAGUAGAAAUAUGGUGAUAAAUACCGCAAAAUCGGUCCUAAAUUACAUAUAACAUGUAAAUCAUUACUUGAACCUUGAAACAUUUUACUUUUCUUAAAAUUUUAGCACAUUUUUCUUAAAUUUAAUUUUCUUGAAAUAUUUUGGCUCAUCUGGAGGCAUGCAGCUUUAAUAUUCAUUAUUUUAUUGACAUUUUGCUACAUGUACCUUUAACAAAGAGAUAUGGUGGUUUAAUAUUUUUUUUAUUUUAUUGACAUUUUUACUACUGUACUUUUAACACAAUCAUUUUACAUACAAGGCUGUCACCUUAAGGUGAUAAACAUCUCGUAUGUUCUUAAUCCAUUUUUACAACAUUUUUAAAAACAUGUCUGCCCAUUCUAUGCCUUUAACUAACAUAGUGAAAAAUUUUUUAAUUUUUGUGAGCUUUUUUGUAUAAAUAAUAUGAAACAGAUGUGUUUGUGAAGAAGAAUAUAUUUGUAUUUCGGCAUUUUUACUGUUAUAUUGGAAACACAAUACAUGCUUUCACUUGGUCAUUUUGUUAUUUUAAUCAGGUAUAUAUGUAUCUUUUAAUAACAGAUUGGGCUUUUCAUGCUAUCUGUUUAUUUAUAGAAUAAAAGAAAGUGCUUCGAAUUGAAA